AUGUCAUACGAAGAGGACGAAUACUGGCGCUAUACCACCGCCGGCCGCGGCUACGGCCACGUUCCUCCCCGGCCUACCUAUAACUAUCUCAACCCCGCUGCCCACCAUGGCAUGGCGUCGCACCACCGAUCCCGCUCACAGGGCGCGCCUCCCGCCCCAAACAUUCAAAUUCACAACAUCACGGCCCAAGAAGACUAUCACCACGAGCGGGCGCCCUCCCCGAAUUACGGAUACCGUGGCCGCAUACCGGUCCGUGACGAUGCCGUCGCCGACGAGCUGGCCGACAUUCGCCGCGAGUUGCGCGGUCGAAGCCGCGGGAGAGAAUCGGACACGGUGAACGUGGUCAACCAGGCCAGCUCAGCACAGGCUGCCAACGCAAACGCAUGGAGGGAAUGGGAGUAUCGUCGGUCAGAGGCCCGAGCGCAGAUGGAUCGAGAGCUAGAGCUAGCCAAGAAGACCAAAGACCUCGAGGCGGUAGAAAAGGCGAACCGGCGGAAGCAGAUUCUACUAGAAUCCCAGGCGAAAGACUUGGAGGAGGAAGAGGAGAGGAAGGCGGCGAUCGCCAAGUACAAGGCCCAAGAAGCUCAAGAGGAGGAGGACCGGAAAGCGGCGGUCGCGAGGUACAAGGCAAAAGAAGCUCAGGAGAAAGAAGACCGCAAAGCGGCGAUGGCCAAAUUCCGACAGCAAGAGGCGGACGAGAAACGCGAGCGGGAAGAGGGGGCAACGCGAGCGGUUCGAGAGUACGAGGAGGAGCAGCGCCGUCGACAAAAAGAAAAGGACGAAUGGCGGCUGAAGCUGAAGCUUGAGGAGGAAGAGGCCAAACGGAAGGAAAAGGAAGAAGAGGAGCGGCUGCUGGCGAAGCUCAAGGCAAAAGAGGAGGAGAAGAAGCGCGAGGAAAAGGAGGCCGAAGCGAAGCUCACUGAGGAGAUGCAUAAACGGCUGGCAAAAUUCGGCUUCCAGGAGAACCAGAUCGAGGCCAUGGUGGAUCCGUCGAAGGCCGAGAAACUCCAGCUCGGGCAGGGGCCGAAGGCGCCCAGGUAUGGCCUACACAACCACGCCCACAACCAUAACCACACGACGACGAUCACCUCCUCGACCGCGCUGAUCACGAAGGAGAAGCCGACGUUCAUCAAAGUGAAAAGAAAGGAUCUGAGCAUCGACACCUUGAAGUACUAUCAGAUCCCGUGGGAAUACGACACCGACUCCGACUUCAUCAUUCUGAAGCAGGAGCUCGAUAGCGAAGAGACCGACAUCCUUUUCGAGCAUACUCGUCGCCUCCGCGGUGGCAAUACCAAGCUCCUCAUCGAGACGUCCGAUCGCAGUAAGAAGCCUGAGUAUGCGUUUGUGAGGCGUCGGGGCACCUCUCGCUCUCGCUCUCGCAGCCGGGUACGUGAAUCCAGCCCCAAACGGGUCCACGUCCUCGGAGGGAUGUGGUAAACGAGGUAAAAUGAUAUAUGGAAUGAUAGCUACGGCCGCAUCUGGCAAAGGGGCGAUAACGGCGAUAUGAGUUAUAAUGCCAGUCAUACAGCGUGGCGGGUCGAUCGGUCGACCCAACUCCCUGCUAUUUGGAUGCUUUGGGUUCAUCGCCUUCCGCAGUCGUUUUUGGGUCUCUCUUCCUUCGCAUUGGGAUUCCUUGUCUUCGAUUCUCCACUCUCGUUUAACACUUUAUGAUUCGUGUGUUGAGUCUAAUCUGUAUGUAUUAAUCUACAAGUAUCAUACAGGUCAACUCAAAUUGUUGCCUCAUGUUGAGGAAAGUAGUGUUUCCCCACCAUUCAUCCGUCUUCCCAAGAUUUCGUCCCCCAGAUAGUCGAGAUUAAACAGGAACGCCACGUCUUGAGUUUCGACCUCUACCGGA